AGCCCCGCGGUCGCACGGGCGCAGGGGUUAUCAAAAAUGGCGGCCAAUUUUUACUUUUUAAUAUUCGUCGCGGUUGUUAGCACGGUCCAUGCUAAUUUCAAGCCAUUUCGCGCCCUUUUGUACUCUGAUUGGAUAACGUGCGACCACAACAAAACCCUCGAUCUCGACGUGAGCCAAGUCCAAAUCUUCCUUUACGAUUUCCAAAACAACUUCAACAUCAGCUACCAAAUCGACGGCGCUGCUAAGAAUCUCCUGUCCGCUUAUAACCUCGACGUCACCAGGCGACUCAUCUUCUUCGUCCCGGGCUACAAGUCUCACAUCAGCAAAAAGACCGAAGAAUUAAUAAGGCAGACCUUCAAAGAUGUCCCUAAUAUUUACCUGAUCAUCGUCGAUCAUUCCCCUUACACUUCCGCCAGAGGUGGCAAGAUCAAGAGUUAUGAAAGAUCUGUAACCUAUACCUAUUACAUAGGUACAGCAUUAGGGAAGUUCUUAGCUGAUCUCAACAAUCUUGGAUUCCCUGCAGACAAGAUACAUUGCCUCGGCCAUAGUUUGGGCAGUCAAAUGUUAGGUUACGCUGGAUCGACAUUCACUAAUAUAACUUUGCAGAAAGUGUGGAGAGUAACAGGAAUUGACCCGGCUGGCCCUUGUUUUUCUAACGGUUUCAUCCAAGACCAUAUACGUUCAGGAGUGGCUAAAUACGUAGAAGUGUACCACUGCAAUGCGGGUGGGUUAGGAACUACUGCUGUGCUAGCUGAUACAGACUUCUUUUUAAAUCGGAAGGGUAAAAAGCAGCCGCAUUGUGACGGAGGCAUCAUACCAGGUUUGGGGGAGUCAGAUUCUGCAAAAUGCAGUCAUAAGGCAUGUGUGAAGUAUUGGACAGCUACUGUCCAUAAUCCUACAUGGUAUUCGGCAUGGGCUUGUGACUCUUAUGACCACUUUAUGGAAGGACGGUGUGCUGGUAAUGAGAUCACCAUAGCUGGGUAUUGGAACCCAGGUAACGCCACUGGCGUGUUCUAUGCGUCGACUGAGGGAUAUGGUGUGGAUUAAUCGGCACAUUUGUGUAUAGGCUAUUAUGUUUUGUGAUUAGUGAUAUUAAUAAAUAUUGCACUGAAUGAAGAUAAGUUUGUUUUGUAGCUAGAGAGU